GGAUGGAAAGUUAGUGUGUAGCUGGCUGUGUUGUGGGGUGGGUGGCCGCCUCGCCAUCCCGGACACCUCCCGCUUUUCACUGAGAUUUGACUUACCGAUGGAUUAAGAAAACAAUAUUGAUAUCUAAGACCAAGUUCGUGGAACGUUCACUGACUGAAGAAAAGAACCCAAAGGAAUUUCCAAAGUAAAAAUAUUAGUGAGAAAUUAGUUGGAUUUUUGUCUAACUUGGCGAGUGUUUCUGCUGGAAUAUGAGUUAAGAGUUGAAUAACUGAACAGUGUCAACGGUGCAGGAAACGCUACCUGUUUACUUCGAUUGCCUUCCCUUGUCAACUAGCAAUACCAGUGUUGUUGUUGAUGCCUCCUGCUGCACCACACACUGCCCUCUCACCUCACUAAAUGAGAGGGACAACAACAGUUACAUCAGAGAUACAGAUCUGCACCAAACUGACUCUGAAGUGAAGAAUUCUUGCCCUGUUUAUUGAGGUUGGGAGCAAGAAGGCACUAUGUGACCAUCAACAAUGACCACUGGACAUUAUUUCCAUCUCCCGCUGACACGGUCAUCAAGAGGAUGAGAUAACAACAAUGUCUUCUGCUUAGGCCUUUUGCUGUCUGUCUCCACUGAGGUUUUCUUUUACAAGGCAGUUCCUGGCCAGUCAAAAUAAUUUGGCACCUGAGCAUUACCAUUAUCUUAAUAAUUUCUUGAUCAACUGAUACUGAUUCUCGUAAAGUCAAAAAAGGAACCCUGAAGUCAUCGCCUCGUGAUUGGGCGAUUAUGCCCGUUGUAUCCUCACCAGUUAGCAGCCUUGAGGUUAUCACCUCUUGAUGAUUUACCAGCCAAUCAAGAGCAGAACUCACAGUAUUUUGGUAGGUGAGCAGCCAGAGUAGCCGUGACCAGAGCAGACCAUGGGGAACCACAGCAGCAGCAGCAAGGUGGGCGUCUCGCAGCCCUCACUCACCUGGACACAAAGUUUUCCCAGGGAAAACAAACGACUUAAGAAAUAUGGCGCCACUUCUGACACUAAGGUAUUGCCCCAGAGAAUUCCCGGGCAGCGUCUGCGCCCUACGGAGAACGGUCACAUUCUACAGACGAAAGGUACCAUCUCCGCCCGACGGAUGGCGGAGUUCCAUCCUCCGCCCCACCCUGCCUUCCCGCCGCCCCUGGUUCUGCAGCAGCAGCAACAGCAACAGCAGCAGCACUCUGCCUCCAUGACCACUCUACAUUACCCACAUCCGCACGACGAGCGCACAGCUGCCAUACACGACCUCCGGUUUGGUCGUCCACCCUCUAAGAAUUAUGCCAGUGAGCCAGACUUGAGAGGGUCGUCCCCUCCCACCAGCGUUCCUUCGCCGCUUUCCCAUACUAUAAUUAGUCAGUCGCCGACUAAGGGCAGAAUAAAGUCAAAGAAAAAAUAUAAAGCUCCUCCGGUCCCUAUCGGAGGGAUAGGCGACUCCCAUUCUCUUCCCCGUGGUGCAGAAAGGUCACAUUCAUUGGGAAAUGUGACUGUUCAGUCGAGCCAGGGUCAGUGGCCAGCCCCUUGUGCAGUUCAUUUCGCUGAUCACAUUGCAAGCAGUCCUGAGCCGCUGAAACCCAAAGCUCGUAAAAUGGGUCUCUUCCGGAAAAAGAACGAGUCUCGGCGAUCUGCUAUUGUGGAUGACCAUCGCAGUUCAGGAGAAGAACAGGAAAGAGUCCGAGCAGCUAGCGAGGACAGGCGUGCAGCCUCUCCAGCACGCUCCUCUCCACGAGAGGAGCUUCGCGAGAGAGCUCGGAGUUUAGACUCCCUUCAGCAUGAGCUUCGUCGCUCCCCCGUAUCUUCCACAGUGCCAGUUGCAACAACGAGCCUAACUCAACUUCACCAAUCUCAUGAACCUCGCUUGUGGACAACCAUCGAAAGAGAUUCCAGACGAGUAGUUUCCCAAGAGAGUGAUUCAAGGCGAAGCAGCACCAUCGAACGAGAAUCUAGAAGGUCCAGUAGAGAUUCCAAAAGGAGCAGCACAUUGGAGAGAGAUCCACAGAAAAGUUUCCGCAGGGUGAGCACCCUGGAGCGAAAAGUCGUGGAACGCAAGAAUGGUGGAGGGGAGGGACGCGAUAACUCCACUCCUUCGUCUUCCAGACGUGCCUCCCGCCUCGACUCCUAUCGAGACAGCUCAACCCACCGUCGCUCGUCGUCUAGCGGGUCUCAUCAUGAAUUAAUUCCUGAAGAAAGUGAGACACGCAAUGUUGCCGACGAGUGGAAUGAGAAUGAAGCAGAAAUGAUCAGUCAGAAAAAGAAAGGAAGUGCAAAGGAAACUGGUGAUGACUGGGACAAAGUUGGACAAAUCAACCAACGGAAGAAAAUAUCGGCAAGUCUUCAAGCCGAACUCUUGCAAACUGUGAACAAUUUAAAGAAAACUUCUCCCGAACAAGAACCUAAUCCAUCCACACUAACAAGAAAAGGCAGAGAAAGUGAAAAACGCUCGUCUAAACCCACUCUGCUACCUUCCAAAAGCAAUGAUAUUAUUGAACACAAUGAACAACCCAAAACUUUUUUUUUCGGAAUGGAGCCAGAGGUGUUACGUGGCUCCCGAGGUGAGGCUAAUUCAGGCCUUCAUAAAAUCAAGAACCAAGAAGAAGCAGUCAAGAAUAAAAAUCGGGAAGAAGUCCACAUUACUGGCCAGGCUGUAGAAUAUACACGCCGCACGCUAGAACGUAUUCAGAGGAGCCGCAGCCGCAGUGCUCGCAAGGAAGCUCAGAGAGGAAGCGAUUCUCAACGCAAAGCCGUUGAUGAGGCUGAUAGUCGUAAUUCUUCAAGUCAAAUUGAUCAGCGUAAGCUGUCUAGGGAUGUAGAAGAAUUUGCAGUAGCCAUAGAACGUCACAAGAUGCGACGGGCAGAUGGCGAGAGAUCAGCAAGUGGAUCAUCACGCCGUGAAGAUGGAGGUUACCAUUCCAGACAGAAUUCCGGGAGUCUUUACUUGGAUAAUGAGCACGACGUUAGAGGAGAAGGUGAACUGUUUAUGAACUUGAGACCGAUACUCCCACGUCGCCAGCUUGAAAUACCAAGAUUUAGCCCAAAUGCUGCCUGGCGGUCCCUGAGUCUUGAGCGUGCCAGUAGACACCAAGAAAAGCCUGACGAGAAACGAAGUAAUGAAGAGCCAGAUUCAGUGCAUGAGGCAAGAAUACAACGGUUCACUCGACCUACAGCUCCCCCUCGAGGCUCUGGUGAAAAAUCUGCUGAUUCUGGCAUCUCUGGUGAUGCUGGCAGCCCUGGGCCCACACAUGAGUUUGAGCCUCUGAUAUCUACAGAUAAAACAAAAAGCUCAUCUGGUCCACUAGCAGCAUCCUCUCCUGUAGCUUCAGGUCUGCCUGAGGUGAGGCGUACCUGGACACCCGCUCAAGACCUAGAUGACAAUAGUCUCGACAGCCACGGAGAGCACACUGAUCUCCCAGAAGGACUUUCCACACCGCCAAAACUUACAUCACGUUCAAACAUGUUUCCGAAAACACUAGACCGGACACCUGAGGUAGAAACGGAAGCUGAAUCACCAAUUGAAAUAGAAACUGUGUCGGAGCUCGUGUCUCCUGAUAAGAAAGAUCUCUGGCAAAAGCGUAAGAAGCGAAAUGGUGUUGAUAUAAUUCCUCAAAAAUUCAACAGCUUACGUAAGCUGAAACGCACCGUAACAGGUGCCAUCACAGGCCUGGGUCUCAAGAAUCCUGUAGUGGAGGAUUACCUUGAAAGCAGAACUCCAGAUGAGCCCCAGAUUCAGCAACAUGGAGACGACCCCAACUGGCGAGACAACUGGUCCAUGUCUCGUUCCAUUCCAAACUCGCUUAACACAUGCGAGGAACAUGACACAGUCAGCAACUUAUCCAGUACCAGGAAUCCCAGGAGCAGAUCAGAGUCUCGUCUGGUUAAUGGAGGGGGCGAGAACUCUAACGAGGAAACACGGUCUCGAACUCCGUCUUACCUACAAUACGGCAACCCGGGUCACAUUAUGUACCUCCCUGAGUAUAACUCCCGACGGAUGAGUCGCGGGGAGAUGGGAAGUGAAGACGAAGCUGAUCUUCGCCACAACACCUCACAGCAUCACAGCCUCAUGCGUUCCGUCAGACCAACAACGCCUGAUCAUGAACGCAAACCUCCGUCAGGUGACGAGGAUCCACCACUCCCAGAGACCUACCACGGACCAACAUCCUUGCCACCUUCCACACACAGCACCCACGCCGCUCUGGCUGCCGCCAGAAAGGCCAGAGGCAAGAAGUUUUCCUACCAAAGCACUGUCAGAGUCCUGGAGAAGAGGAAGCUGGAGGAGAAGUUGGCUAGGGAGGUCGCUGAGAAGGAGACACAGAGGCUGAAGGAAACAGAAGCCAUGAAAAAGGUGGAGGAAGAAUUCCAGAAGAAGAGGGAGAGAGAGAAGAAGAAAGUGAAACAGCAGCUAAAGCUGUUCCAGAUGCAGCAGCAGCAACAGCAGCACACCAACAGAGACACACACAACCACUCUUACUCCAGUGACGACCACGCCCCCUCGUCCUACUCCUCAGAGCAGAACGAAGUGUCUAGCCAGGCCUCGUCCCAGCCGCCUCCCGUACCUCGCUCCCCACUACCUCAGGUGUACUCUCCCUUCACCUCUCUCCCUCCCGAGUUACCUAUGGAGGCUUCUCCUGGUCUUCUCUCUGGUCUUAAGAACUGGGUUCGAGGGAGGAAGGAGAGUCGUUCCUCCACCUCUUCUACAACCCUCACGUCCGCUCCAAGGCAAGAGCCUGACGGUGCCCCAGCCUCCUCUUCGAGAAGUACCAGUGAUGACUGUAGCGGCUCUGGGUCCUCAUCGCGAAAAGAUAUUCCAGAACACAGUGAACAAAAGCAAAAGUUUCGCUCCGAAAUCAUCGCUGCCUCUAGAAAACGCAACGCAGACAACCCCAUCAUCCAAGGCAGCCCCGCUGCAACCAAACACAUCUCCGGCAUCCAAGGCAGCCCUAGCCCUUCUACCAAACACAACUAUUCUGGCAUACAAGACAGCCCAUCUACAAAACACAAAAACUUAGGUGUGCAAGGCAGCCCUGCUGCCAAGCACAUCAACUCUGGUGUCCAAGACAGCCCUGCUUCUAGGCAUAGCAACAAACAGAGGAAGAACAUAUAUAACCACCUCAACGAAAUAGCUGAACGUGAGGCAAAACGAUCACUGCACAAGAAUUACCAACAGGAAACACAGUUACACCACCAGAAACACAAGAAGCAUCGGAACCAGAAGGAUGAACUGCGGCGCUCCCAGUCUCCUGAUGUCCGCAGGCUGAUGCAAGAGCUACCAGAACUGCAUCAGGAGCGGCGAGAGUACAGAGAAUACCGCAGUCCUUCACGCCAUUCCUAUUCACCAACUGUUAACAUACCCAACAGUCCCCCUGCCUCUAUCAGCCCCAGUAAGAGUAGCAGCAACUAUCGUCGAGAGUUUUGUCACGGCAACACCCAGGUGCUGGGUCCCACUGUGGUGUCGGUGACGGUCAAGCGCACAGACCAGAGUGACAGACAUUCCAGGCACUCUAGUGACGACCGACGGUCAGUGGGAAGCAGCGGCGUCCACCGCAGCGCCUCCGUCGACAUCUUGGAGACAGGUUCCUGUUCCUCCUCCUCCACCGCUCGCCACCACCACCAUUCUUCCCAACAUCUUGCUGACGCCUCACUCAGUCACAACUACGGCAGGAGGGGCGGCUACUCACCAGUCGACAGCAGCCCAGCGAGGUUUGCUCACAGCAUCCUAACUCCCUUCACUCCUGUCAAAGGUUAUAAGCCUGUAUCCUUCAGUCCCCCACCUCCAACUAAGAUCCUUCCUGUAAACUAACGAUCAUAAGUAAAGGUUCAAAUGUACACAACUAAUUUGAUAUAGUUUAUGACUAACGGCAACAGAAAACGAUGCCAUAAUUCUUUACAUUAAAGAAAAUGGUGUCAGCUUUAGUUCCUGGAGCAGUGACUAAAGAAAAUAGAGAACUUUAUAGUUACUGUAAAGUCCUGCUGUUAGCAAGAGAAUAGCUAGUAAGUAAUAGCUAUAAGAGAAUGAAGAAUGGAAUCAGUGUGCCAAAAUGUAAACCGAGAGUUAGUUAACAUGGAUGGAUACAAAAUUGUCUAUAGGGGGUUUAAUGUAAAAUAAAAGUGGGGACUGUACACUGGUGCAGUUUGUCUCUUGCACAUACUGGCCUCGUAUUAGCUUCAUGUAUGAACACCGCCGUGUUCACCUCAUGACAGCUGACUUUUGAAGGUUCUAAGCUUUAAUGUUUCCGUCCAGUAUGAGUGAGAAAAAUAUGUCUAUGCUGACUUUGCGUACAGUGUUUAGGGUUAUGUAUGAGUGUGUACUCACCUCCCUGUGUUUGCUGGGAUUGUUCCAUCACUGCUGUGUGUGUGUGUGUGUGUGUGUGUGUGUGUGUGUGUGUGUGUGUGUGUGUGUGUGUGUGUGUGUGUGUGUGUGUGUGUGUGUGUGUGCCCACGCUCAUAUGUGCGCUCUCGCUCGCUGAAUAAGCAAACUUAUGUAAAUUAAUAAAUAAUUUUAUGUCGGUAUCUCUGCGUGCAAAUUAAUAGAUAUAUAUUGAUAGACGUAACUGUAUAUUUUGUUAAGUUUCGUAAUAUAUAUAUGUCGUGCCGAAUAGGAAAAACUGGUCAACUAACAAUAAAUCAAUUAAAAUUCAGUCCUUUCUAAAAUUUUCUCUUAUACGUUUAAAGAUUUUUUUCAUUUAUGUUAAUGUAAAAACUAAUAAUUUUGUACCAAAAGAGCCUUAGAAAACUUACCUAACCUUAUUAUAAUAAGCGUAAUUUAAUGUAGCCUAAUCUAACUAUAUAUAUUUUUGAUAAGUUUACAAUAAUUUAGGUUCAGAAAGAUUUUUGCCAAAUUACUGCAUACACAAAUUUUUGCUUGCCUUAUUCGGCAAGAAGAGUUUUGCUAUUUAAGCCAAAAUAGCAAGUUUUACCUAUUCGGCACGACGUGUAUAUAUAUUUAUAUAUACACUAGAGGCCAACUAGUGUUGGCCACUAGAGGCCAACACCUGUUUAAUAAAUUAGUGUUUCGAGAUACUGAGAUGCGCCUUGCACUCUUGUAUUAUGUUCCCCAUAUAAACUAGAUCUUAGGAAGAACGAAAGUUUGUUUUAUAUACGAAUAACUCGAAUAACUGCAUUUCGUGUUUAUGCGUGCGUAACCCAUUAGUGUAUGGUCCAUUUAAAUGGGGUUAUUUUGGUAGCCAUAUUCUGAAGGCUGAUUUGUGAGCAAUAACAAAAUAGUUAAUGAUCUUUAGUUAGCAAGUUUGUUUCACUUCAGACGGUCAUGCCUCUUGUUUAUACAGAUUUUUAGUAAUAAAUAUUACAAAUAUUACAAAUAAACAUCGCAUAAAAGAAUUAUUUUUGCGCCAUUUGACAGAUUUUCGGGAGACAUCGAAGUUAAUUUUAUAAUUAUACAAUUUAAUAGAAGUAAUUCAUUUAGCGAAUCAAUAUUCAGAACGCGGCUGCCAGGGAGCGUUGAAAGCCUAGAUCAGCCUCAACAGGGAGCGUUGAAAGCCUAGUUCAGCCUCAACAGGGAGCGUCGAAAGCCUAGUUCAGCCUCAACAGGGAGCGUUGAAAGCCUAGUUCAGCCUCAACAGGGAGCGUUGAAAGCCUACUUCAACCUCAACAGGGAGCGUUGAAAGCCUACUUCAACCUCAACAGGGAGCGUUGAAAGCCUAGUUGAACCUCAACAGAUUUAGGUAAGGUUGGUCAUAGAUUCAAUACCCGAGAAAGUCUAACAUAUCAAUUAUAUUUUGUAUAUUUUCAUAGGGUUCUAUG